AUGCACCAGACACUCAACGAAUCACCCGAGGCGGGCGGCGAAAGCGCAAUGAACGACGGCAUCACGCCUCGCAUCUCGGCAACCUCCGGCAUCACGACUUUGAAUGAAGCAGCACGCCAACCUGUGCAAUCCAGUAGGAGUCUAGGCGCCUCGCUACAAAGUCCUGCACCUACUGAGAAAUCACCUGCGGCUCGCCGCUCAAGUUUUGUUGAUACCUUCAGCUUGGCGAGAUCAUGCCUUGAAGCUAACGGUAUCGUGGACGAAGUCGAGGAGGACGUCCAAGGUUCAACGAGCAAACCAGGUCUGACUUUAGAACAAACCCUUGCAUCCGCAAGUGACGACUGUUUGGAAUCGAUCCUGGACCUGGGUUACGACAGAGCUAGGCACCUGUUCAUCACCUUUGCCGAGACCAUUUAUCCGAUUUACCCGUGUGUCGACCUUCAAUCAGCAGAAGUGGUCUUGGACGCCGUCUUUGGGCGUUCAGCGAGCCAUACAUCAGAGCCUGCUUCGAUCACCCUGACCAAGAUAGAUGUUCUCAAAGCUCUAUUGGGGCUCACCCUCCUUAUCGAAGAUGAUAAGACAAGCCCUCUGGCACGACAUCUUCAACGCUACGUCGAUUGGUCAGUGGAGAAGGCCUUGAUGGGCAGAGGCCCAAAUAUUGACGAUGUGUCCAUGGCUGCUUUGAUGGGCUUGUAUUGCUUCCAUAAGUCGGAACAUGUAAAAGCGUGGAGACUUAUCAGCCUGGCAUCUAGAAUAUGUUUUGAGCUUGGCUUUCAUCACGCGGCAGAAGAGGCUCAGAAGACUGUCGACACGCCUGGCUCGUUUUCGCCGCGAGAGUUAUUCUGCUGUGUAUAUGUACUGGACCGGACGUUUUCUUUUGCUACCGACCUUCCUCAUACCACCAAGGAUGAAGACAUAGAUGAGAGGUGCUUUGAUCUUGGCACUUCGUCUCCGUUCCUAGUCGUGACCAUGGAAUACACUCGUCUCAACGCGGAGAUAUUAGGAUUGACGAAGGCUUCUACCAAGACCGUUGCAGAGAGUCGGCAGCAAAAGGAGUACCUCGAUUAUAAGUUACAACGGCUACGCGACCAAUUCCGGGACCUCACGGCAGCCGCCCGAUCUACACCUUUACCCAGUAACCCUUGGAAUCCUCUUCAGAACGAGGUCCUUAUGAAUGACCUAGAAACCUUUCUAGAGAUACGCAUCUGUCAUUCUCGGAUACUACUACGCAAACCCCUUCUUCACUCGUACAAAGGCGACCGCGACAAGACCGCAGCCGCAGCACUGUGUAUCCAGCGAUCUGCAGACUUUGGGUGA